AUGGGUCUGAGGUUGCGCCAGCUCCAAGUGCUGCACCGCCACGGUGACCGUACCCCGCUGCAUAACGUCUUCCGAGGAAGCGUCAAUGCGCGCUCCGAGGAGGAGGAAGUGCUGCUGUGGAAUCGCCAGCUGCCGACAGCGACGCAACUGGCCCAGUUUCGCUCCAAGUUCAGUGUUCAAAUGGACGGUGACGUCCAAGCCUCCUUCCAGCAGCGGCCGUUUGGGUACUUGACGACGCGAGGUAUCGAGCAGAUGACGAGGCGUGGAGACCGAUUGCGAGAGUUUUGUCAGCAAGAGGACCUAAGCCUCGAUGAAGUGGAGCCUGAGCUGGUGCAGAUCUUCAGUAACUCCUACACGCGCACUCAAUUGAGUGUGCAGGCGUUGCUUAGUGGCAUGCUGCGUGAUCAACCUCAGUUAAGCCCUCCGGUGAGCGUGCUUCCUCCGGAGAAAGACAUCAUCAACACGUACGGGAUUUUUCCGGAGAUCAUGGAGUUGAAAGCGGAUCUGGAGCGAGACAACGCGGAGUUUGCGGCGCGCGAACACGACAUGGCCCCCGUCAAGCAAGAACUGAUGAGACUGCUCCCAGCCAUCGACUCGAAGCAGAUCCCUUUUUCCUGGCUAACCGCAGCCGACUAUUUCGUUUGUCGUCGGGCUCACCAGACCCCGUAUAUUCCGGGAACUGAAGUCCAUGGUGAUGCCACUGAAAGGCACCUUGGAUUCCGUUUCCACCAGUUUUACUCUCAUCGGACGAUUUUGAAGCUGGUUGCCGGUCGCCUAAUGCACAACGUACUCCGUGAGAUGCAAAAAGCUCUCUGGGAUCACAGCGAGUGCAAGAAGAUUGUGAUUUACAGCGGCCACGAUGUGUCGCUGCUAUCAGUCCUCCGAACCAUGGACGCAGAAAUCGCAAACGACAUUGACUGGUGGCCCGAGUACUCCUCAGCCCUUGCGCUGGAGUUGCUGGAAGACGGGAACGGGAAAUUUUUCGUUCGUGUUCGGCUGAACGGCGAGAUCCUUGCUAUAGGCGAUGGGCCCAACGGUCUUUGCCCCUCUGACCGGUUCCGUGACAUGGUGUUGGAUCACAUCGGAAGCCAUUCUGACUAA